UGAAGGAGACGCCUCUGGGCUCCAGCGUCAUGUGGGGGAGUGGGAGGGAAGGGUCACAGGGGGCUCCCGGGAGGGAGGGGUGGAGAGAGGCGAGGGAAGCGGGCUGCGCAACGCCGCCCUGCCUAUAAAUCUGGGGGGUCCGGGGAGCCCGAGCGCUACGAGCGCCGCAGAGCGGCUGGCAGGCGAGGGGGCCCGGGCCGGGCACUCCCGGGGCUGCGCCGCCCGCACGGACAGAUGCUGCACAGCUGCACGGCUCCGCUCCUGCUCCCGGGGAGAAGAGAAUCAAGCCCAUUGUUCCCAGUGAUGUGAUGUGUUCUGUCCUCUUGCCUGGCAACAGCACCUUGCAAAUUGCACAUGCCAGUGCCAGCCCACCCUAAUUAGAAGUUUCUGUGGCAAUAAUGCCAGCCAAAAAGGUCCACAGAAAGGUAUAGCAUCCCCAGGAGUCAAAUUUGAAGCAUCCCUUAGUACAACAAAUCCAAUCCCAGAUUAUUCUGAAGAAGAUUCUCUGAUCAGCCUAGAAUGCUGAGAUUCUGAAGAUACUGAUAAGACCUUGGUAUAAAGGUGAAUUUUAUUUUCCUGAAACUAGCAUACAACUGAAAAGAUCAAAAUGAUCCUAAAUUCCUCUGCUGAUGAGACUGUUAAAAGAAUCCACGUUGACUGUCCCGUUUCAGGAAGGCAUCCCUACAUAUAUAUUAUGGUUCCAACUGUCUACAGCAUCAUCUUUAUUGUAGGCAUAUUUGGAAACAGCUUGGUGGUCAUUGUCAUUUAUUGCUACAUGAAAUUAAAAACUGUAGCCAGCAUAUUUCUGCUGAAUUUAGCUCUGGCUGACUUGUGUUUCUUAAUGACACUGCCACUGUGGGCAGCCAACACAGCCAUGGAAUACCACUGGCCUUUUGGCAACUGUUUAUGUAAGAUAGCAUCAGCUGCAGUAAGUUUUAACCUGUAUGCCAGUGUGUUUCUACUCACAUGUCUUAGCAUUGACCGUUACCUGGUGAUUGUACAUCCAGUGAAGUCACAUAUUCGGCGCACCAUGCUUGUUGCCAGAAUAACUUGCAUCGUCAUCUGGCUGCUCGCAGGAAUGGCCAGUUUGCCUGUCAUAAUUCAUCGUAAUAUAAUUUUUGCUGAGAACAUAAAUAUGACCAUGUGUGUUUUUCGAUAUGAGACCCAUAAUAUAACACUCCCUGUUGGCUUAGGUUUAUCCAAAAAUGUGUUGGGCUUUUUUAUUCCCUUCCUAAUCAUUUUAACAAGCUAUACCUUAAUUUGGAAGACCCUGAAGAAAGCUUACCAAAUUCAGAGAAACAAGACCAGAAACGAUGACAUUUUUAAGAUGAUUGUGGCAAUAGUAUGCUUCUUCUUCUUUUCCUGGAUUCCUCACCAAGUGUUUACCUUCCUGGAUGUGUUAAUUCAGUUGCGUGUAAUCACAGAGUGCAACAUCCUCGAUAUUGUGGAUACAGCUAUGCCUUUUACCAUCUGCAUUGCUUACUUUAACAACUGUAUGAAUCCCUUUUUUUAUGUUUUCUUUGGAAAAAAUUUUAAGAAAUACUUUCUGCAACUACUAAAAUACAUUCCACCAAAUGUCAGAGCACAUCCAAGUCUAACAACAAAAAUGAGCUCCCUCUCCUAUCAACCAUCAGAAAACAUAAGCUUAUCUGCCAAAAAGCCUGUUAUGUCCUUUAAUACUGAGUGACGCUGUUCGCAGUAGGUGUUUUUAAAACCACUUCACGUAUGAAGUUGCAAGUGACAAAAUUCACUGACAGUCCUGCCCAUCACAGCUACCUGCACAUUGUUAAAAAUUAAAUCAUCUAAUACAAAUCAUCUUAUGAAGAUAUAGCAGUGGACUUUUAUUUUAUAUUGCAGAGAACUGUUUGGGUUUUUUUUUACUGAAAACAACAUAAGGGUGGAUAGACAUGUCAGAGUAUCUUUUACCAUUCUGCCUUUUUACUCAGAACUUUGAAAAAAAGUUACAUACCGCUCCUGGAAACAUCUCACAACUCAGCUGAAAGAAUGACCAUUUAUAAAUUAAAAGAAGCCUGUAGAAUUCUCUUUCUACAUACACAUGGGAUUCUAAUCUAAAUAUUUGAAAUCUUAUACAAGGAGUUAAUAGAAUUGCACAGAAUGUUUGAGUUUUUUCACAUGAUAUUGGAUAUGUGAGAAAAAGUUAACAUGUAUUUUUUCCUAGUACCACAAAUAUCAUGUAUCAUUAUUAUUCAUCCAGUUAUUCAAAUACAUAUCUGCUACAGAUAUACCUGACCCAUUCCUUCUUCAUAGAUAUUGAAGGACUACAGGAGCGGGCUAAGUAUUUUUUGCUAUUAUAAUUCAUUUAAAAUAUGGCAAAUUUUGCUAUAAUAUAUCAAAUAUAGCUUUAUUUAUUAAAUAUAAAAUAAUGUCUAAAUCUAUAUUCCUAUUAAUUAUAUUCCAUGCAAGGAAAUGUUAGUUUGUAUACCCACACAUUUUUAUUCAGAUGGGAUACUUUUAAGGCAGUAGUCUGUAUGCAAACCAGUCUUGUUCUGACCUUACUCUAUUGCUGUUCCUUUCUGACUAAAACAGGAUUGUUAAUGGGGUAGGAUGCUACUUCAUGCAAGUAAGAGGAUCAGGAUAUGCCUGGCUGUAAUUUAUAUACAACCGGUAAUAUAAAUGUCAUCAACAAGCUUCCAGGAUCAACCAAAACUAUUUUCAGAGAACACUCAGCCAAAUGAUGAUUAAUUAAUUAUAUCUUCUUACAAAGUCUCAAAUUUCCAGGGUAUCAUAGCUCUAAUUCUGAAAAGUUUAAUAGUUUUUGCUUAUUACAUGUUUAAUAAAUCUGCUCUCAAAUGCAGCGAUAAAAAUCUAAGACCAAAUUUUAUUCCUGUCCUCUACGAAGUUACGUUGCAUUUAUACACAAGGAAUAUUGGUGUAAGCAGAAUUUGAUCUCUAUAAAACACCCCUUGACUUCAAUGGAAUUAACCUAAAUCAGGGACAUCAAACACGCAUCCUAAAUCUUGGAUCCAGCUUGAGGCACUGUUGACUCUAGCCCUCAGUGCUUCUGGUGAGCUGAGGAAUUAAGGGGCAGGGCAAGCUGGGGGUGAGCCGGGUGCAGGGCACAGUCUGCUACUGGGCCCUCCUGAGGAUGCCUUUCAUCAGCAGGAGAGUGAGCAACAGCUGUGCCAAUAGUGAGACACCCCCACCACCCAUGUUUACCCUGUUGUUGCUGCCACUCCUACUCAUCUCACUGCUUCUGGUCUCACCACCACCAGGUCCUGAAUUGGCCCAUGGGGUGGGGUAAAUUUGGCACCACUGACCUAGAUUUACACCAGAUUAAUGAAGAACAAAACCUACCUCAUCCAAAAGAAAAUAAUUCCAGGCAAUAAAUCUACACUAGCCUACACAUGAGAACAGUAGCAGCCAUUCAAGAAAACUUACACCAAUGUUUUUUUCCCGAUAUUGUCUUAUCACAGUUUUGAGCUCAACCCUCUAGAAAAUACUGGCCAGUUUGAAUGUAGUAGCAUUUGUUCUCACAAGCAAAUAAUCUGUUUAUAAAAAAAUUUGCCAAAAGACAAAAACUUUCAAAAAAUCCCUGAUAAAGUUAGAUGAAUAUUGUAAACAAAUAUAUAAUGCCAGAGAACUAUCAGAAAUGCAGCAUUUCUCCAGUUAGAGAAGAUAUAUUUAACUUGAUUCUGCUUAUUAGAGGUCAGGGAUAAUCCAACAGCUGAGCUGUUCAAUGUUGGUUCUAUGCAGAUCCAACAUACAGAAAUAUUAUUACAGGAUUAUUUUACUCUGGAAACUACAUGAUUUUCAUAGUUGACAUAAAUGACUCUGGGGUGGAAGCAAACAUGGGGAACUUGAUCUACUUUAAUGCUAAGGAAACAGUAUAAGGGGUCAGGAGUCCUGGCUUUUAUUUUAGCCUUAUAAUUCAUUUGCAACUUGAUUUUACACACCUCUUAGAUAUGCAGUGCCUCAGUUUUCCCAGCUGUAAAAUGCCUACCUUUCUGGAUUCUCAUGAGGAUUAAUAGUAAGCAUUGUAAGAGUAUUUGAUAACAUGGACCAUUAUUUAAACAUAAUUAAAUUUAACAGUAAGAUAUACUCAGAAUUAGAAAAAUGAAUACAUGUUAAACAAAGGCAGUAAAGCAAUCAUAACUAUGCAUUUAAUGGCAGAUAUUUAGGCUAGAACUGCUCUCAAAUGCAUACAUGAAAUGUCCAAUAAAAAUCAAGGGGAAAUAUUAGGCCAUUGUAUUUUAAGCAGUAUCCAAAGUAGUUUCAUUGCGUUCACGCUCAGUAAAUUAAUGCAGGAGUAUCAGAUCUUGACAUAUGUGCCACAUAGGCACAAACAUAAACCAAAAAUUAUGUCCUGUCCUAACAGAGAGUAUCCAUCACUCCCAGUAACAGGUUAGCAUGCUCUAGAGGCUUGAACCAUAAACAUGCAAUGUAAAUUCUUACAUUUAUUUAAGGUGCAAAGUUAUUUCCCUUUCUCCUUUGAAAUCUACAGCUCUCUUCCUAUAAAGCCAAUCCAUGUUCCCAAGUGGGACAUGAGUUCCAUAGAAGUAACUGCCUCACAGGCUGCAGAGUUUGGGGUUUUUUUUAAUUAACUAAGGAGUGGCUGAAGAAGAUUUUUCCUGUUCACCGUACUUGAAGAUACCUAUGAGAGGGUUUUCCCACUUGAUAGGCUGCUGCCUCCUGAUGGAAAACAAGAAACUUAACCAGUAAUAACCAGAAGGGAAAGAAUGGUGUUACAACAGAAAAACGAUAAUACAGUUUUCUUCAGGACCAAUCCUAUACUUUUAAGAGAGUUUGUGAGUUCCUAAUAAGCAGAGGAAAAUACUGCUCAGGGUUCUAAGCCUGCCCAUCUCACAGCAUGUACACUAGGAAAGGGAAGGGUUGCACCUGGAAUGUUUUACUAAAUAACCAGAAGUGCUGGAAAAGAAAGAUCCUUCUGAACAAUGCUAGUCAGGAUCCUUAUUAGCGGAUCAGAAGAAAAAAUUGUUUUUAGCUGUUAAACGUGAUUAGUUGUAGUCCUCCAUAUACUAACAUAUUAGCAUGUGCUGGAAAAAAACCCACUAUGGAUGAAAUAAGAUCAAAAUCAGUCAUUUAACAAGUGUUAAGCAAGAUGCACAGCCUUCAGGGACCCUAAUUGGGAGAUGGAGGAACUAACUGUUUUAAAGCCUGGAGUCAGAGGCAGAACCAUUAUUUGCAGUUCCAGGGCUCCCUGCAAAGCCAUCCAAUUGACACUAAUGGGCAAACUUUCUCCUGACACUGGUGUUAUGAACAGCUGCAAUAUACUAUUACCAGGGCAAAGACCCAUUCCUGUCUGUCAUUCACAGCUUUCAGCCCACCCUGGGCCCACCCUGGGCCCACCCUGCAUUGAGGCCCUGAGCUAGCAGAGUCAAAGAAGGGACUCUUGCCUUUGGGGUAUUCUUUCUGGGGCCUUGUGGGUCUUUUUUCUGAGCACCGCUUUGAGUUACCCUUUAGCAUCACUGCUUGCUUGGCCAACAUCUCCAUAGUCUGGAGCCACAGCAACCACCCUCCCCCCCACCCCCAUUUAUGAGCCUCUCUCUACAAGUCCAAGAGCUCUCCCCUAAUUAAUCAAAUAGGGUUAUGAACCCAUAAUUGCAGUUCCCAGAUGGAGGAGAUACCCUUGAUCUUUGCAUAUUAAAUUCACUCCUGAUGCAUUGUAUCCCCAAACUUGAAAACCCCAUAGGAAAAUAGAGAGAGACACUCCUGACUUGAUGGAGGGUGAGAUCAGCAAUAACUUCAAAGACCCAAAUGAAGGAUCCCUUUUGCAGGUGCCAAACUCUACUGCUAGCAAACACACCACAGGAGCAAUGAUAGUAUGCACUCAAUCUAACACUGCAACCACCAGCAAGAUCCACUUGAUAGCAGCUAUGAGCAAGGAAACUGGCACAUACAGAGAAUCAAACUAUAUACUUGGCAGGAGCAGGUGUUUCCGGUUAAUGCUUUUUAUGAUGCUUUUGUCCUUAGAACCCUAUUUACUGUAUUCCUUCAAAUAUAAGCUUCCCUUGAAUUUAAGAUGCACCCACAUUUUCUGAUGCUGAAUGUAAUAAAAAAUAAAACAUCAGAUAAGGAAAUGUUAAUAGGGAGACAACCUCCGUGGUGCAUAGAAGAGCUUUUACUAUUUUUAGUCAAAUAUUAGACACAAACCUUUUUAGAAGAUAGUAUUUUGUUGUAAAAACUGAAUCUUAUAUUUGAAGAAAUAAAUAAAGUCAUUUGGACUGAACUGCUUUGUAGAGGGCUUACCCUGCUCUCCUUAGGCAGUUUCAGCUUCUGCACCAAUGUUGCCUUACCUGGCUGUCAGUGGGAGAUGAGGGAAAAACAAAUUUUCCAUUUUCCACCUGCCAAUUUGCAGUACAUUUGCACUCUCUGUAUCAAUACCAUGGACCACAGGCUAUAACAGCUGCUGCUCCUGUUUAACAGGGAAGGAGUAAUGGCCAGAAUAUACCCAUUAUAAAGAUCUUCUAGCUACAUAGCCAUUUUCUCCCCUCCAGUUUUUUAGAGAAAGCUGUUGCUCCACAAUCUACUGUGACAAUUCAGUUCUUUGCCUGUAGUGGGGAGGAAGGAAUAGGACUUGGUUUCACAGACAUUUAGAAUUACUUUCCUGGAUUGCAGUGGAUCAGGCCUGUAUAAUUUACCCUCAAUAAAAACGUUAGUUAUCCUCCAUACCUAAGAUGACAAACACCUUAGAGCUUAGUAAAAAACUAUUCGUAAACAUGCCGUAUACUCUUCAUAUGCCUAUAAUUUUAAAAGAUAUACAUUUAUAAAGGAUUUUUUAUCCUGAGAAUGACAAAAGCAACCCACUUUACAAACUACUAUUCUGUCUCUGUACUGUCUUUUAUUGGUGUGGGGAACCCAUGCUGAUAUUAAUGGGGUUUCUAGCUGUGAAUCAAGGACAGUUGUAGCCCUAAAUGCAGGAAUCAUUUUAUCAGCUCCUGUUAUGUCCCAAAUACAUUCUGUUACCAUGUUUAACUGAUAUUUUCUAUUUCCAUUUCCCUUCAGCUAGCAGAUUCACGUUUAAGCAAUGGAAUGCUUGAAAUUUCCAUGCAUUGUAUUUAUUUCUAUUUAUUGCGUGAUCAGACUUUAUCUCUCUCAUGUUUCAUACUGUACUUUCUCCCAGCUUGGACUUUGUAUUCUUAUGCUUCAUUGUAUUAUAAAUCUGCACUGAUUGGGCUAAAUUCCAAUUAAACUGUCCCAGGGAUGAAUUUGGCCCAUUAGCUUAUUUCCUUGUGUUUUACAGUGAUCACUUAAAUUAUUCAAAGUGAAUGUUAUGUCAAAAAGGUUUUUUGCCAUAAUUACCAGACUCCUUAUUUUGUUAAGGUUCUUUUUCAUAUACUUGAAACUACAGCAGCAGAGGCAUAUGUGAUUUCUGAGUUAGAGGGUUUUGUGUAGUUUCAGCAAUGAUUCAUCUCUCAUCUAAUGUGACCUCCUUCCCAAAUAUACUAUAUAUAAGAAUUGUAAAUAAUCCCAAAGACAACUUUGCCAUGGAAAAAGGAAGAUUUGUCAGAAACACUGAAAAAAAGCAUAAAGUGGAAAAUUGGUUGAAAAUGUUCAGCAUUUGAGCUUCUGUUUUGUUUUGUUUUUUUAACAUCAGAUAAAACAAUCUGUCCAUUUACAUUAACAAUAUCUGGAUCUAACCAUUCUUUUCUCACUGCAAGGCCAAGAGAAAAGGUUCUCCUCAACCCUGUUUCUUCAUGAUGCUGAAAGGCCUUGCCAAAACCAUGUAACACUUGUUAGUGUAAGUUGAUGAGGUUGCAUUGUCAGUCACCAAGCCUGUAUCGACAGGGACCUGGCUACCAAGGCUGAGCUAACAAACUAAAAAUCUUGAUGGCAAGAGUUGCCAGACUCAUUGUCCAUACUGAUUCAGAUCAUUUGGGGGGAAUAGCAUAUGAAUAUAAAAAUAGGUAUGGAUAAUUUCAGUAGGCUAGUGUGUGCUCUAUAACUUUAAAAUGCAUAUAUGGGAAACUAAGCAUCAAGACAAAUGUUGAAUGUUUUCUACAAUGUUUCUUGUGCCUGUAUAAUUUGUAAUGUAGUGAAUGUAAACUGUUUGCUGCUUCAUUAGAAAUAUUUUUAAAGCAAAACAUUUCUAUUAUUCUUAUUUGUACUAUUCUUGUAUAGAAAAAAAGUUUUAAUUAUCUGACUGGUUAAUAUUACUGGACAGGUCAUUACUGAAUAUAUAUAUUUUUCCAAAGAACAGCUCUCCUGUUAUGUCAACUAAUUGGAAGUAACAUUUCCAAUUUUUUGUAAACAGUCAAGAAUUAUUAAAACUCUAAUGAAAAGCUGGAAAAUGGAGCUUUCUUUGUCAAUAUCAGCCACACCAGAAUGCUCCUAAAUUAACACUGUGGUUCUUUAUGGCAUCAGUCUGCAUUCUUUGUGCUUCACUCUGAACCAGUUCCCAUUGAAACUGAUGCAAAUGACUUCACUGACAGUCAGAUCAGCCCCCACAAUCCAGCAACCAUUUUUUACUGAAGAAUGCAGGACUGAACCCAAAUUUAGCAGUCUGAAUAUGCUGAACUGAAAUGAAACAGCACUAACUGUUUCAGUAUAACCUACACUGAUUUGUUAAACUUCAAAAGCCUUGCAUUACUCACCUCAGACAAAAUCUUUCACAAGCUUCCAUAGUGGCGAAAAUUGAUGAUCAUAGUAAAUGGAGACCUAACAUUUUGUCGUACUUUAUCUCUGUGUUCUUUAUUUGAACUGUAGCAGUUCAAAUAAGGUUACAAUCAGGAUAAGGACCUGUUGUGACAAGAUUUGUAGAAACAUCCAGUAGGAAUCAUAACAAGGGGCCCAUGUAAAAGUGAAAGGAUAGUGUCAAGUCAGUUUUACAGAAUAAUUGGCGGGUGGUAAAAGGAGGUGGGAAAGGCAAUAGAAUGAAAAUAAUUAGUAGAAUUGGUUGCCAAAUAGUAGAGUAUUUAGGACAACAAUGCAAAAAAGAAUUAAAAAUAAAUUUAUUCCACAAAAGAAAGAACUAUUUUAAUUUCCUUUUUUUUUUUUUUUUAAACAAAAAUGUUUGAAAUAGCUCCCUCAUUUCAAGCAAAAAUGUUAAAGGUUUGUUAUGGGGUUUUGUUCAGUUGUGAAACCCCCCCCCCCCCCCCGAUUUCCAAUUUCCUCAAAAAUAUUAAAAUUUCCCUCCCAUCUUCAUGAACAUUGGGUCCUUCCUAGCAUAAAUAAAUAACUAAAUAGUAUAGACUUUACAGUAUAAAGUUUAUACAGUAUAAAGUUUACUAUAGACUAAACAGUAUAGACUUUAACCAGGGAGUAGUAACUAGUUUGCCUUUCAUGAAAGAGGUAGCCUUAUCUUUUAGAAACUCACUUAGUCAUUCUAUAUCCAUUUAAGAAAGGAAAUAUACUCUAAGUAUCUGUGCAUUAACUUUGCAUAACUAAGCUGAGAACAGCUAUUCCUUAGUUUACUGCGUGAUAUAUACAUAUAGAAAAUAGAAGCCAAAGCAGGAAGUAAAUGUAUGCAUUCAUGAAACAUGAAAUUAAUUCUGCUAUAACUACGUGUAUUUGAUUUUACUAAACAAUUAUGCAAGACAAAAAGAAUAAUUAAAUGAAAAUUUAAAUGUUUUAAUUUUUUUCAUUGUAAACAAUUGUAAAGUAAGCUAACCAUGUGUAAAUCCAUGCUCUCCGUGUAUAUAAUGAAUACCUUAAAUAGAAUGCAGCUUACUUAGAGUAUCCUUCAUUGUAUAAACAAAUAAUGUGUAUGAGGUAUGAAUUUCACACAAUAAAAGUUGUUUAUUUUGAA